UAUAUAAAGUUGCUCUUUUCGUGAUCAUUUUUUUGUGAGCAGGGUAACAUACAGCCUGGUCAUCUCUGAAGCUGCUUUCUUCUUUCAAAUAACAGAUAGUCCAGUUAAAUCUGACAAGUCCACUGACUCGUCCUUCUGUUGCAAUGCCUUGUCUGCUUUGCCCGUCUCUCUUGUGCUGCCUCCUCCUCGUCCUCCUCCCCUUUCCACUGGCCUCCAGUUCUGCUUCUAAUGGAGACACAGUGGUCAUAACCAGCAGUGGCCCUAUUAAGGGCAAGCAGGUCCUGUCUGGCCUUGGAUCUGUGACAGCCUAUCUAGGCAUUCCUUAUGCUGAGCCUCCCCUGGGGAAGUUGCGUUUCCAGAAACCUCUUCCACAUCAACCAUGGAAGCAACCAUUGGAAGCCACUAGCUUUGGCAAUGCCUGUCCUCAAUUUAUUUUCCGGGAUGUCCCUGAAGCUGAGAUAUGGUCUCCUAAAACACCACUGUCAGAAGACUGCCUUUCACUCAACAUCUGGGUGCCACACCCACAACCUUCUGCCCCAGUGCCUGUUUUGGUCUGGAUACAUGGAGGAGGAUAUUUAAUGGGCACGUCUUCUCUGGAGUUGUUCAAUGGGGCAUCCUUAGCUGCCACUGAGAAUGUCAUUGUGGUCACCAUCAAUUAUCGCUUGGGAGCCUUAGGCUUCCUUUACUUUCCACCAGCUGCCCCAGGGAACCUAGGCUUAUUGGACCAACAGCUGGCCCUGAAGUGGGUAAAAGAGAACGCAGCUGCCUUUGGGGGAGAUCCUUCUUGGGUGACCAUUUUUGGCCACAGUGCUGGAGGAGCUUCUGUGAAUUUCCAUCUCCUUGCGCCAAAAAGCCAGGACCUUUUUGCCCAAGCGGUGAUACAGAGUGGAACAGCCAAUGCCUUCUGGGCUUGGAGGUCUCCUGAGGAAGCCAAACAGAUAUCUCUGGAAUUCCUUCAUUUGCUAGGUUGCUCUGAGGACAAUAAGAUCAGCCUAGGGCACUGUCUGCAAACAAAAAAUGUUUCUGAAUUUAUUCAGCAUGAAAUAGCUCUGUUCUUGAAAGGUGGCUUCCUUCUGAAUUUUCCCUUCAGGCCAACCACAGAUGGGGACUUUUUACUUGGGGAACCAGAAAAGCUCAUGGAGGAGGGGCAAAUUCAGGUCAAACCUGUCCUCAUAGGUGAAACCUCUGAUGAAGCAGCCACAUUUGUCCACUAUGUUUUCUCUAACGUCACCCACAAUCUCAUCAAUCAGGAGCAGCUUCUGAAAGGGAUACAGCUGUUGGUGCCAAAUGCAACUGAAGAUGUGGUUCAGAGUAUAGCACUGAGGUACAGUGAAGGAAAUCACAGUCCAGCAAAAUACCGCUCCGCUCUGUCCUACUUCUAUACAGAUCGGAUAUUUACAUGUCCAUUCAUUGAAGCUGCAGGAAAUAUCAGGAAAACGGGGAGUCCUGUAUAUGCGUAUUUAUUCGCACAUCGCCCUUCAUGGUCAGUUUGGCCUGAAUGGAUUGGGGCAUCCCAUGGUGCUGAGGUUCCUUUUGUUUUCGGGACCCUUGAAUCAGUGAUGCCUGUCAAUCAAACAGAGGCUGAAGCCAGACUGAGCCAUAAGGUGAUGCACUACUGGGCAGAGUUUGCCAGAACUGGGAAUCCCACGGGGUUAGCAGCCACCAAGGAUGAGUGGCUACUCUAUAAUGCCACAGAGCAGAAUUUCUUCCUUCUUAAUACUGAGCCAUUCCAGGAAAGGGUGAAAGAGCACUGCGGUUUUUUAAAGAGCCUUUUUUCAAAGGCUGAAGAGACACACAAGUCCGAAGGUGAUUCUGUUUCAUCAGACUAGGAAGAAGACAGGAGAGAAGACCAUCCCGGAAUCUCUGCUUUGCCUGUGUCUUGAACUGGCCUAGUGUGAAGGGCUGCCUGCUACAUAGGUUGGACCUCUUUGAAAAUGGUGCCCACAUCUUAAAGGCACCAUUUGAAAAUCUACCUACAGUUUUGUUGGCUUCAGAAUAGCGCUUAUGUGUUUAUUUCUCUCAGGAACCAAGACUUUUCCUUAAAGCUUGAGAAAAUGAUGACAAGUUGCAUCAGAGAACUUUCCAGAAUCAUCUAUUCUCCUUUCAGGGACUGACUGGUGGAAACUUGGGAGAAAAAUAAGCAGACAACUUAAACCCACAUAACUUUUGCUGUAAAAAUAAUAAACUGCUAGGAGUAA